CAGACAGCCGGAGCUCCUCACACACACACACACACACACACACAGCCUCCUGCAGCCCCACCGCCCCCGCCAUGGCCGCGUCCGCCCUGUCCGUCUGCUCCAGCGACCUGAGCUAUGGCAGCCGCGUCUGCCUGCCCGGGGCCUCGGACUCCUGCCCCGACUCCUCCUGGCAGGUGGACGACUGCCCAGAGAGCUGCUGCGAGCCCCCGUGCUGCGCCCCGGCCCCCUGCCUGACCCUCCUGUGCGGCCCCUCCUCCCCCUGCCAGGGAGACUGCUGCACCCCUGCGUGCUGCAAGCCCUGCUGCACCCCUGUCUGCUGCGAGGACUCCCCCUGCUCAGCCCCCUCCUGCUGCCAGCCCAGCCCCUGCUGCAGACCCUCCUCCUGUGUGUCCCUGCUCUGCCGCCCCGUGUGCCCCCGCCCCGCCUGCUGCGGCCCCGCCUCAGGCCAGUCCUGCUGCUGAUGGGCACGUCCCCCCAGGGCCAGCCAGGCUCAGGUCCCACCUGGUGACUGUGGUCCUCCCGGCCACCCAUCAGGC